AGAAAGGGGGGGAGGGCGGCCCGAGUGGGUGCAACACGCCGCUUGGGUGCGUUCCGGUCACUUUUAGGCACGCGAACCUGUUGAGUGCACGUCACCUCGUCACCUCUUCGUCGGAAGACUCAAACAGUAGUACUCGUCCGAAAAAAAAAAAAGAAUCCUAAUAAUUCCAAAACGAAAAAGAGCAGGUCCAGACUGCCUUGUUUGCGGCCGGCCCACUUGAGGAUCUCCCCGCGCGGCGCGCCUUCUCCACUCCAUGUUGGACGUAUGGCCUCGUUCCGUGCGUGUCGGGCGGGACGUUAACCGCCUCUGUCUAUGUGCGCAGGUGGGACGCUUGUGGAUUUAAACGGACGCAGGUGCCGGAGACACAAAACGGGAUUGUUUGCUUGUUGUUAACGCCGCACCGAGCGCGAACUUUUGCAAAAGAAGGAGGAGAGGGAAGAGAAGCGGCGGCGGCAGCGGCGGCGGCGGCAGCGGAGGCGCCAUGGAAGUGGGCGCGGAGCAGCCCCGCUGGAUGAGCCACCCGCACCCGGCCGUGCUGAACGAGCAGCACCCCGGCGGGCACCAUCCGGGCCUGGGCCACUCCUACAUGGACGCGGCGCAGUACCCGCUGGCCGACGAUGUGGAUGUACUCUUUAAUAUCGACGCCCAGGGCAAUCACGUCUCUCCCUACUACGGCAACUCGGUGCGGGCCGUGCAGAGGUACCCACCGCCACCGCACAGCAGCCAAGUGUGCCGACCGUCGCUGCUGCACGGCUCGCUGCCGUGGCUGGAGGCCGCGGGUGGCAAAAGCAUCGGCGCGCACCACGGCGCGUCCCCGUGGAACCUGAGUCCCUUCCCCAAGAACCCGCUGCACCACCAUCACCACCAUCACCACCACCACGGCUCCCCGGGCGCCCUCUCCGUCUACCCGCCGACCUCGUCCACCUCCUCGUCAUCGUCGUCGUCGUCGUCGCUGUCCGGCGGCCACUCCAGUCCGCACUUGUUCACAUUCCCGCCCACCCCGCCCAAGGACGUGUCCCCGGACCCGGGCCUUUCCACGCCGGGUUCGGGCGGGGGCGGCCCGCGCCCGGAGGACAAGGAGUGCGUCAAGUACCAGGUGACGCUGGGCGACAGCAUGAAACUGGAGGCGGCGCACGGGCGCGGGGUGGCGGCGGCGGCAGCGGCAGCAGCGGCGGCCGCGGCGGCGCUGGGGCCGGGCCCCUCGACGACGGCGGCGGCCCACCACCCCAUCGCCUCUUACCCACCACCUUAUGUCCCCGAUUACGGGCCAGGCCUCUUCCCACCAAGUAGCCUGAUAGGUGGGUCCUCUUCUACUUAUGGUUCCAAAACAAGACCAAAAACAAGGUCGUGUUCAGAGGGCCGGGAGUGCGUGAACUGCGGCGCCACGUCGACCCCGUUAUGGCGGCGGGACGGUACGGGCCACUAUCUGUGUAACGCCUGCGGCCUGUACCACAAGAUGAACGGCCAGAACCGGCCUCUCAUCAAGCCCAAGCGGCGGCUGGUACGUGCACGCGCCACCAAGGCCCCUCUUGAUGACAUCUGCGUCUCUCUCUCCCUCUCUUCCUCUCUGUCUGUCUCUCUCUGUCUGUUUCCCUCUCCAGGAAGAAGUAGGCCUAUUAGCUGCAGGAAAUUGACUCGACAAGUGCAGUCGGCGGCCAGGCGCGCGGGUACGUCGUGCGCCAACUGCCAGACGACCACCACCACGUUGUGGAGGCGCAACGCCAACGGCGACCCCGUCUGCAACGCCUGCGGACUCUACUUCAAGCUGCACAAUAUCAACCGACCUCUGACCAUGAAGAAGGAAGGCAUCCAGACGCGCAACCGCAAGAUGUCCAGCAAGUCCAAGAAGAGCAAAAAAUCCCUGCAGGACGGCGGCAUGGACGACUUCUCCAAGAGCCUGAUGGACAAGAGCAGCUCCUUCAGCCCGGCCGCCCUGUCCCGCCACAUGUCCUCCUUCCCGCCCUUCUCGCACUCGGGCCACAUGCUCAGCACCCCCACGCCCAUGCACCCCUCCUUCGCCCCCCACCACCCGUCCAGCAUGGUGACGGCCAUGGGCUAGGCCCGGCCGGCCGGCGCCCGGACGCUUCCGUCCCAAAGGCUUCUUCGCUUCCCGAGAGAAGGUCUGGCAACGUUUUGCCGUGGAGAAGCCUUUUGGACUAAAGCGGAACGAGCCAAGAAGAAGAAUCCGGCGGCGCGACCCGGAUGACCGACGAGCUCGGCAGACGUCUUGGCUCGCUUGAUUUUAUUUUUGUAAAAUCAAAGGCGGAAGUUGACUCCGACCCUCCUCGGAUCGGAUAAGGAUCUCUCCAAUUGUGUAGAAAAUCUAAAAAGCUGACUGAAAAGACUUCCUGGCUGGUCUCGCACCUGUUUGACAGGACCUUUGUACAAAUUGUAUGAAAUACAUCUAACGAGAGAAAAAAAAAAAAGACGGGACACUCGAAGAAGGCUACGAAGAGGCGACGGCGUGUAAAGACAACGUGAACGCUUUUGCUUUUAUUUUUGGAUGUGCUUUAAGUCUCGGCCUGUUGGUUUGUGUUGACACACGCGCACGCACACACACACACGCACACAUGCACGCACACAACCUGACAGAUGAUGAUAUGCAUUGUGAAAAAAAAAAAAAAUAGUUCCUGUAUUUGUUAUUUGUAUGUAAAGAAAAAAAGGAAAAAAAUCAGAGUACCAAAAAUACGAAAGAAACAAAGAUGUAGAAUUAUUUCUUUAUGUUAUGCUGACUGAAUGGUUGUAAAAAUGGAAUAAUAAUAAUAAUCACUCGUGUAAAAUAUGGCUGCUUUUUUGGGGGUUGCUUUUUGUUUGGUACAGCCCACCUUAGCGAGUUGCUCCGCCCCCUCUCCCCUUUGCUCCCCCCCCUCCCUCCCC